CACCAUCUCGCCAACGGGUCUCUGGACGAUGAUGAGACUCGUUCCGCGGCCAUGAUUAACGCAUUUUUGGUCUUCAAUGGCCAGGGCCAGCCUCGGCUUACCAAGUUCUACACCCAGCUGGACACCAGCAUUCAGCAGCGCCUGAUAUCGGAGAUAUUCACACUCGUGUCGAAUCGACCCUCAGGCUCUUGCAACUUUCUGCCUCUCCCUCCUCUCCUCGCCGCUUCUAGCACAUCGCACAGCUCGACCGAAGAGCAGAAUGAUGUCCCCUCGCUGGUGACAUACCGCAAUUACGCUACCCUCUACUUCAUCAUCAUCUCUACAGCCACAGAAUCACCCCUUGCUUUGAUCGACUUAAUACAAGUGUAUGUCGAGGCGCUCGAUAAGUUGUUUGAAAAUGUCUGCGAGCUUGAUCUCAUUUUCAACUUCGAAACGCUCCAUGCGACCUUGUCGGAAAUGAUUAUAGGAGGGGUUGUGAUAGAGACGAGUCUAGAUCGUAUUGUUUCUGGUGUCAGAGCCCAGGGAACAGUCGCUAAACGGCCGGUAAAUGAGGGACGAAGCACUAUUGGAUCAGGAAUGGGUCUUGGGGGCAACUUUGCAUGGGCAGGACGGGUAUAAUAAUGAUAUUGCGGCCUUGAGCUGAGCACAAAGAGAUGAGUCGGAUAGAACUAUAACGAGCAUAUGCAUGCAUUCCUUUGUCUUUUCCCUUAGCCCAAGAUGGGUAUCACGCCAAAAACGCCUUAGAUAUAUACAAAUCCUAUAUUACACACACAUAGAGUGGCAGACAUUAUCUUACAACUCAUUUCGAAUCUGAGUUUCGUGACGGGUUUACUUCCGGUGCAUCUUUCCGGCGCUCAUAUCGCUUUUCGGGAUCCAACACGCCGAAGAGAUUGAUGGCAUGUUUCCGCAGCUCUUCAGAUGGCUUAUACUUUUGCCCC